AUGCCUUUAGAGAUGCUAGACAACGACUUUUUAUUCUGGGCUCUCAUUGAAGGCAAGGAACCUUCUCACAAAAUAUGUUGCGUGUUUUCAUCUGAUUCACAUCCUGAGUCAUUAAAAAAAUAUCUAGCAACACAGGCAAUUCAAAACUCGUUACUUUGUGCCAAAGAUCUUGGACAACAGCAUGUAAAUAAAUAUGUUGAGGAGAGAUUAAUGGUACCUGUGCAGGAUGACAGGCCUAAAGUUUCAAUCCAUGCUUCCAUUCAGACCCUUGCACAUUUCUUGUCUGAAGAACUGCUUCCUCUAGCACCUAACAAUAAAGAGAUUGUUGUUGCUGGAGGAUUCAGAAAGAAAUUUGAAAUUAGAUCAUCAAAGAGAACAACUAAUGUCACUCCUCUGAGAUCCACACAUGAAGAAGAUAGUCUCUCCGGGAGGGAUAGGUAUCUGUUGGAGCAUUACAGAAAAGUACACAUCAAACAAAGAAAUUAUGAAGAUUCCUUCUCAGAAGACGAACAAGAAAACAAUGAAGGAGCAAAGCUGGAACAAUUGCUUUUAGAUGAUUGUUCAUUGUCGCAAGAUACAGAUGAGGAAGAUAUAGAAAUGAGGACAAAGGGUACACACUUAAGUCCUAAUAAUCCCACAGAAUACAAUAGUUUGGAGAAUGGACAUGUUACAACUUCAAAAAAUGAAUUGGAAAGAUCACUCAAAAGUUCUCAAAAAUCAUCCAAGAGUGUGAUGACCAAUGGAGAAGACAGCCUGGAUUUGGCUCCAUCAUGUAAUGGUGAUGAUGCAAAUGAUAUAAAUAGGUUAUCUCCACCUGUACACAAAAUGACUCAUGCUUUGUCUGUUCCAACAAAGAAUGUGGAAGAACAGACUUCUUUAUAUAGUGAAAACAGUAAAGCUGAUAAUGGUAGAAAAGGAAUAGAUUCUCAUAGUUUUAAUGAAAAUUCUGGAAGAUAUUUUACAAAUGGUAAUGUCACACAGCCAGUACAGAGAUUUGACUGUAACUCAUCUGAUUCACAAACUUUGAAAAAUGUGGAUGACAAUGAAAAACAUAGCUCUGACUUGAUAUGGGAAAAGAAUGAGGACCAUAGAUAUGAAAUAAUGAAUGAAAAACCUGACUCAUUUAUCAUCAAAAAAUGCAAGUAUGAAGAAACGUACAAUGCUGAGCAUUUAUUACCAAGGAAGAUGGGAACAAUUGUUAAUUUAGAAGAUAAGCUUGAUUCUGAAAGAAUGAUUACAUCUUUAGAUAUUCAAGAUCAACCUCAUUCUAAGAAGGUGGAAACACUUACUAAUAUUGAAAAUAUACAUGAUUCUGACAAGAUAGAAACACCUGUUAAUUUAGAAAAUAAACAUGACUAUGUGAGGAUGGAAAUUGUGGCUAAUAUUGAAGAUAAACUUGUGUAUCAGCGGUUGGAAACAGCUACUGAUGAAAAAGAUAAACCUAGUUCUGAAACAAUAAAAACAACUUCUGAUGUGGAAGGUAAACCUUAUUCUGAGAGUACGGAUACAGCUGUUAACAUGGAAGAUAAACCUUAUUCUGAGAGUACGGAUACAGCUGUUAACAUGGAAGAUAAACCUUAUUCUGAGAGUACGGAUUCAGCUGUUAACAUGGAAGACAAAUCUACAUCUGAGAUGACAGGAACAGCUAUUAACAUGGAAGAUAAAGCUACAUCUGAGAUGGCAGGAAUAGCUGACAACAUGGAAGACAAAUCUACAUCUGAGAUGACAAGAACAGCUGUUAACAUGGAAGAUAAACCUGAUUCUGAAAUGAUAGAAAUGACUGUUGACAUGGAAGGUAAACCUGAUUCUGAGAUAGUAGGAACAGCUGUUGACAUGGAAGAUAACCUAAGUUUUGAGGUUCUAGAGACAGAUGUUAAUAUGGAUGAUAAAUCUGAUUCUGAAAUGAUAAAAAUGGCUGUUGACAUGGAAGGUGAACCUGAUUCUGAGAUGGUAGAAACAACCAUUGCCAAGGGAGAUGAAUCAGGUUUACAGAUAGCAACAACUGUUAAUGUGGAAGAUAAACCUGAUUUUGAAGAGAUUGAAACAGAUGCUGCUGUAAAAGAUAAACCUAAUAAUGAAAGGACAGCUAUCACUAUUAACAAGGAAGAUAAACUUGAUUCUGUGAGAAUGGAAGCAUUUACUAAUUUGAAUCAAAAUUCUUUACCUGAAAAAUUGGAAAUAACUGUUGAUGUUAUUAAAAGAAAAGAAAAUGUUUCUCAAGUUGGAGCAAAAUUAAAAACUUCUAAUAUUGAGGAGAGUUGCAUUUCUGAAAGAAUAGAACAAGUCAGUACAGAGAAGUUUAAUUCUAACAAGGAAAAUGUAGCUAAUAUCGGUGAUGAUAUUAUUUCUACUAAUUCUGAUUCACUUGUUAAUGAGAAAAACCCUGAAUUAACAAAAUUUGACUCAAUUAAAGGGAUCAGUGAGUCUCAAAAAUCCAAAACUGAGAAUGAGUUGCAGUGUUUGAAAUUAAGGGAACUUGAUAAGACAGUACCUGAAGAACCAGAACUGCUUAAGCCAGUAUCCCCAAUAUGUACAUCAAAACCUGUUACAGAGUCUAGCACAAGAGUUGAAAUAGUUGAAGAUGUUAGUAUUAAGAAUACAGAACAAUCUGGAUCACUAUUAACUGAAAUACAUGAAGAUUCAGAUAAUGAUUUAAUUCCAUUGAGAAUUAAAGAAGUUCCUAGUGGGAAAGAAAAAGAAAUACCAGAUAUCACUGAUGAAGUUUUCAUUUCUUAUGCUAAUUCCAGGAUUCCAUCUGGAAAUGAUCUGUUAGAAUGGGAAAUGAUUCAAAAGGAAGUUGCUGAGAUAACAUCAAUGAUGAAAUCAGAAUUUGUAAUCAUAAAACCGAUUUCUCCUCUUCCUUCAACACCACCACCUCAUCCUAGGUUUGAUCAUCAGUACACCCAAUCAGUUCCUGAGUUUUUUGUUGAUGAUGGUGAUAAUCAACACAAAGCUGAUCCUCCACAUGGAUGUUAUCCGGCAAAGAAGAAAAAGAGAAGAAAACAUUGUGAAAAAAAGUUCUUAGGUCAAGCUAAUGAAAUUGAAAGUAAUACUUCAACCACAGAAAAUAUGCAAACUUCUGAAGAAAUGGAAGAAAAUGUUGACUUAGAUGAAAAUUCCUCCCGUUAUUUGUCUCAUCAGCAGUCUGAAGGGUUUGAACUUAGCCAUGACAUAAUUUCUGAAUCUACACCAUUAGAACACCCAAAAACUAAUCACUUGUGGAACACAGAAAAUUUGUGUAAACAUAUUGGAAAUACUUCUCUACUGACAGGAGACAGAAGCAGAACAAGUCACAUGCUUGCAAACAACCAGCAUUCUAGUUUACCAUCAUGUUCAAACAAAAAUAUGAACCCAUCUUCUUGUACUAAUAAGAUAAAAGCAGACAUUUUGCAUGAUUCAUUUAACAGUAGUUUCAAAAUAAGUCUUCAGUUACCAGAUGUAGAUAAAUUAGAUCAUAAAAUCACUGCUGUACACUUGGAACUUAAUACUGAAAAUCGAGAGUUUAACUUGACUUGUGAUCAACAACCAUCUUAUUCUAACCAAGAAGGAUGUCAAAACUUUUUAAGAACAAGUUAUGUUCAGAAAAAUAAAUCUGUUGAUAACUUGCCUGCACAACAAGUUGAAAAUGAUCUUCAUCAACACCAACAGCCAGAACAAGCUGAUAAUUCUAAACAACAGAGGUGGAAAUUUGAUGAACCGUUUCAGACUAAUCAGUGGAAAAUGGAUAAAGUUGUUCAUAAACAACAUUUUAAAUGCCCUGAAGGAUUCACAGCACAAGUAAAAGUUCCAUGCCAGGAACAUAGAGAAUCGAAAAACAGAGAAAAUAAAACUAAAUCUUUAGAGAAACCUAAAUUGUCUACUUUAAACAAACAAUAUAUACCAAACACAGAAAGUGAAAUAACAUCAGAUGUUUCCUCCAGAGAGAUCUUGAAUAGAAAUAAAAGUCUUCCACAAUUACAAACACACGAGAUCUCUAGAACAAUCACUUCUCCAAGAAAUAUUCUUAAAAAAAGAAAGAUACUUCGUAAAGAAAAUAUAAUUAAUGAUUCUGACUUCUUCCCAUUGAAGAAUUCAGUUAAAAAAAUUUCUAGACUCUCUGUAUUCAAAUCAAACAUGAUAAAGGCUUCAUUAAAAGGUGAAAAAAACAAACAGUCUGUUGAAAUUAAUAAAGAUAACAGCACAUCAGAAACCCCCUUGAACUCAACAAUAUUAAAUAACAUGCAAUUCACUGACAAAAAGAUAUAUGACACUAAAAUUAAAGAUCAACCCAACACUCAUUUAUCAUCAAAAAAGGCACUAGAUAAAAAAAGUAACCACAAAAGUGAAAAUUUCUUAAAGCCAAUAUCACCACUUCCUGAAACACCAUCAAAAAUUAGGUUAGCUUCUAAAGAGCAAAGUUCAGAGUCACAACCAGAAAAACUUUGUUCUUCUUCUCUGCCAAAGAAUCUGUGUCAGAAAUUUACAGAGUCAAAAAGCACUCGUUCUUUCACAGAAAAGAGGACACUGGAGUUAAGUCAUAAUGAAUCCCAGAAACUUAUUACAUCUUUACCAAAUUCCAACAGUCUAAAAUCAUGGACAGAUCUUAACAGUGAGGAAGGAAAGUCAAUUUUAAGUGGUGUAGAAGAGGUAGUUCUCAAACCAAUAACUGAGCCUGAUUUUCCUGGCAAUAAUAGUACACUUCAUGGAAAUGUAUUACUAGAUUCUUCACUAGAAACUGCAGCUGAUUCUGAUACAAGGUCAAAGAGUGUAACAAAAGUACCUGAGAUUAUAAUUGAGAACAUUCCAAAAGGAUCAGUAAAACAAGGAAAUGCCGUGGAAGUCGUUCAUACUCAGGAAGAGAUCUCUCUUUCAAGUUCUAAAAUACCCUCACACACAAAUUAUCUGGAUCACGGUAAAAGGAAAUGUCAUUCAGACAUUGAAUCUGAAGCUGCCAAAGGGAACUGUAUACAGAUCUCUAAGAAAAUGUGCCAUGGUAUUAGUAGCUUGAAGACAUUUCAGGGUUCUUUUGUUUUGAAGUUAUCUGAAAAAGAGAAGAAAUGCUAUUGGAAGUUACCUCAUGAAGAAAUGCAUACCUCACCUUCAAUAGAAAAGUGCUUGAUGAAACUUUAUUCUAAUGGAAAGACUAUUGAAGACAGGAACCAAAGCAGGAAUGACUUUUUGGCCAUUGUUGGAAACCCAAAAGUAAUUUCUUCAGUAAGAUUUUUGGUACACUCUCUUAUAAGCUACUUACAUAAUAGCCCCAAAAACCCAUUCAUUGACUUUCUGUCUCAAAACUCAAAACCUCCAAUAAUUUGCCAUCUUGAAACUAGUCUUCUAGAAUGUCUUUUGUACUUGGAAGAAAAGAAAAAGAAGCAUCUCAGAAACAUGAUGGGAGCUUUGAUGAUAUCUGUCAAGUCUGCAGUGUUUGCUAGAAAGAAAUUUAAUUUGCUGUUUGGUCUGGCAGCAUUGUCUCGUGUAUAUGCUGCUCUCUGUAGACACCAAGGAUUGUUAGAAGAAGCCAGGAUUUUUUGCUAUGAUGUUUUGUACAGGAACAUACCUUUUUCUUCAUUUGUUGUGGCAGCUGUAGUGGGUGUUUGGCCAGAGGUCCUUUAUUCUACAGGAGAAGGUGAAUCAUCCACUUUGAGAGAAGUUUUUGGGUACCUGAUUCUUUGUAAACCUUCCAAGUUAAACCAAACCCUCCAUAAACAAGUUUCUGAUGUGUUGGAAAAACUGUGCAAUUUGAAAGUGAACUAUUUGGAUGCUACAAGUUUAGCUAAACAUAUAUUGAAAGACAUUUGUGAACAAAAACAUCAGAACACAGUUUCUUCCAGUAAAGUGUUUGAACUAAGCAAAGCUGUAGAAUUGCUGGCAAGAAGGGAAGGAUGGGAGUGGACCAACAACGUUUUAAUCCGUGAGCUUCUCUGGCCUGUUUUACAACAAUGGAGUGUAAGAUCCCAAUGUCUUGAAGAAAACAAAGAAUCUGUGAAUGAAAUAAAAGUUGUGUUUGUUUUAAAACUGUUUGGGAGUUUGUGUCAGUUGUGUCCAUUGAAGGAUAGAGAGAAUAUUCAGGGGAUCAUGGUACCACUCCAAACUCUACUGCAAUCUGAAGGUGUUUCAUGGGAUAUUCUGGAGGCAGCCUUUACAUCAUUACUUUAUCUGUCAUCAUAUAAUAAUAACAUUGUGUCCAAUGUUAUAGAGAAAUGGGUUCCACAUCACCUUAAUGACUUCAGUGUAGAAGUAAAAAAACUUUUAGAAGAAUACCAACUUUAGUAUCAUCAUUAAGAAUAUACUGAAGUUCUUUCGUACAUAAUUACUCAAAAAAAAAAAGAGUAAUAGUUGUCUUUUCUUUCUUUUUCCCUGACUUUACAAAACUUUGGCAGGAGAUGAUGUCACGUUAAACAUUUAGGUAUUUUAUUUUAAAAACUAAUUUCCUUUCUGAAAGGUAUUUCUUUUUGUAUCAUUAGGACAUUAAACACACAUACACACAUGAUACAACUACACAACUAAUGAAUUUCAGUAAUCUAAUUCUUAAUAUUAUCUUAGUGAUUUGAUCACAGAAAGUAGAAAACUGAAAGACCUCAGCAUAUUAGCAAACAAAUAAAACUGUUAAAUAGGUAACAUUAACACUGUUUUUAACGUUUCAUUAUCCUUCAUGCUUUAAUUACAUCACCAUCCCAGUGCUGGCCACAUGCAUAUUUUACCAUCUCACGAUAAAGUGUAUACAAUUCUAAUUAACAGUAACAAUUUAUUAAAAUAAUGAAAAUGUUUGAAUCUUUAUUUUGUAACCUUCAGUUCAACUUGAAAUAUACUGCAUAUAGCUAAAUAGACAUAAUUGUGUAAAAUUACCACAGUUUGAGUUUUAAUGUAACAUUUUCCUGCCUUCCUUGUUGAGCAAAUAGUUCCAUUACCUUAUGAUAUAGGUCAGCAUAUUAACAGCAGUGAAUACUGUGCAGGUUAACACAUUUAAAUUGCAUUUUUAUGCUUCUUAAAUGCUUGACUCUUUCUCUGUUUUAUACAAUUUUUAUUCUAACAGCAGCCUACAUUGUCUUUUUAUUAGUUGAUAUAUCAUUACUUUAGACGCUGUUGUAAAAACUGUUAGUUGAAAAGAAGUGAAAGAGAGAAUACAUAACUACUUUUUGGUUUUUGAGGUUUCAUGUUUGUUUUUUCCUGCUAAAAUAAAUGUUUCUGUGCUUUACUUUUCUGUAACCUUUGGUGAAUAUUAUAAGAAUUAAAACUCAAACCCUUAUAACAAUUAUCAAAAAGUUUAGCUAAGCUGACUGACUUCAGUAAUUUAGAAUAUUAGCCAUUGCUGUUAUUUAUCAAAUGUUAUUUUUGAAUAAAACCCACUUUUUUUGUCUAAUUCUAUUACAUUUUUUUAAAGACUAUGUAAGCAAAAUAUCUAGUGAACAGUCACAGUACCUUUAAUUAUCUGUCUUAUGAAUAUGACGAAAUUCAAUUUGCAUACUUAAUUGCUCUGUAAUACGAAUUUUAGAAAAAAAAUGUGAUGUAAACAUAUUACAGACUUAAGUAAUUCACCAUCAAUUUUGAGGGUAAUAUACCUGAAUGUUAAACCAGUACAUUUAUAAUGUGUAAAUAAUACUUUAUUUUUAGUUAACAGUAAAAUAAAAGAAAUGUACGUAUGGUUUUACAAGUAGGAGUAAACUUUCUGUUCUGUUUUAAAAACAAAAUUUUCUUGUUAUCCAAACUAAUAUUAUUUUGGUUGCUUUAAGCAGUUUUAUUUCAAGUUAUUACAUAAAACAUUUUAAAUCCAGCUUUCAUGUAUUUGUUCUUAAUUAGUUACGUUACUUGUAGUUAUAGGAAAAGAAACAAUAAUAUAUUGAUAUAUUGUUGAAUUUCACAUUUGAAAUUAGAUAUCUUCCAUUAUAACACUAGAAUUAAAAGCAUCACAGAAUUUCCUUCCAAAUAUACAACUUCUUGAUCUACUGUUAGAAUCACCAUGAAAAAUUACAUAUUCAGUUACAUCUUAAGUCAUUCAUAUAUUAAAAGCAAAUGCCACUUCUUGUGUGCUUUAUUUCUCUGUUGUAUCUUAUUUUGAGAUUGGGUUAAUAACGUAUGGCAUAUUUUCUGUAUGUUUAUUGUGAUGAAACUUUAAUUAUACAGUACAAAGUCAAGUGGACAGUUUGUAACUAAGCAAUAAAUAAAGCAGAUAUGGAUGUCUUUCAGAAUUUAUGUACAGAUAGGUAUCCUACAGUACUGUUAUUUGAAGAAUUUCGAUAAUGUAUUGUUCGUAACCUAGUCUAAGAUUAUAUGUGUUACUCAUUUCUUGUAUGCAUGUCAAUAUCCAGCUUUUCUUGGAUAUAAGUAGGGAAUAAAAUAUACAAAUAUGAGUAACAGGAAAAAAAUUUCCUUUUAAACUCCAAAACAAAAUAUUAUUAAUUUCAUUCUUGGACAGGAAUGUUAUUUCUGUAUUCCUGAAAUACUAAUGUUUCCUUUACAAAUGUCAGAAAUACUUUAAAGGUUUAAUUCCCAUUUCAUAAUGAAUGUUUGUGAUACUGAAAUCAAUUCAAGUGUGAUUUUUACAUACUUACAAGAAGCUAAAUGCAUACAUUGCACUUUUUAUUCAAAUUUCGUACUCCUGAUAUGCAGACUCAUUUCAUCAGAAAUGUGAAAAAGUGAUUAGGCUAUAGGUGUAUUUCAGCCAAUUCUAUUUUCCUGUACAGCAGUGUAGUAGGCUGUAUCUUUACUAAGGUGUAUAAAUGUAUCUUUAAUUAGCCAACCUUAAGCAAAUAUCUGAUUUUGUAAGAAUACUUUUCCAUAGUGUAUUAUUUGUAUUAUAUUGUUUUUUAUUAAUCCCAUUAAAGUCUGUCAUGAUGUAAUGUUGCAGCAGUUGUUAAUUGUUGAUACUGAUCUUGUAUAUAUUCCAUAAUUUUUGUUGAAUUUUUGAAAAAUAUUAAAAUAGUGAUUUUAAUAAAGGCGUAUCCAUUGUGUAAAAAUCAUUUUGUUUUCAAUUUUAUUGUAGUUCACUUAUGUAAAGAAAAUCUGUAUGUCAUGUAAGUAGACUUAAGUUUAUAUCUAAAUCUUUUAGUACAUUAGAUGGUCUAUUAGUUUGAAUAUAAGAAUAUAAUAUUUAGCACUUAAAAGUUCUGCACUUAGCUUAUAAUAAACAAAUUUGUUUACUUUUAAAUAGAAAAUCCAACAAAAUUGUAUCUAUGUUUGUUGAAUUUACAAGAAAGAUCUUUCCUUUCAACUUGUAUAUCAAAUGUGAAUACAUUAUCCUCUUCAGACCUACCAGUUUAUCUUCGACAAUCAGAAAGUGCUUUAAAGAAAGCUUGAUACGUGUAAAGAGUUACAUAAUAAAUACACAUGUAAGUUAAUGGGAGAUUUUUGUGUGACCUGUAGAAGAUUCAGUCAUUUGUAUUCUUUUCAUGUAUGAAUUAAAAAUAAAUAGCCAACUUGAAAUAAGAUUAAUUUACUGUUUUAGCUUAACUUAAGAAAGUAUUAAUAGUUAUAGGAUCACCAAGUAUUUAUAUAAAGUGAUAAUUUGAAUGCUUAGGUUACUGGUUUCUUAAGUAACUAGUCAUUAAAUAUUGUUAAACAAAUUGUCACACCAUUAUAAGUGUAUUCUUGAGAUAAAUUUCUCAACAGUUAAAUAUGUAAUCUCAUUACAUUACAUGUAUAUAGAGGCUGUUACCUACUUUAAUCUUUUUUAACAUUACUCUAAGUUAUUUUAUGUGGAUGUUCAUAAGCAGAAGGGCAGAAGAAUGUUUUUAUUUAUUUUCAACUAAUUCGUUAAAGCAUAAUCUUUUCCAUUAUCCUCUUUUUUAUGAUGUUUUUUUUUAUUUUUGCUUCAUCUGUAAACCACAUCUAAAUUGGCUUCUGGUUAUAGUAAUUUACAGUUAAUUUUUGAGAUUUAAAAAGUUGAUUUGAUAAAAAGGUACUUUUCAUACAAAACAAAUACAAUGAAGUCAGGUUUUAAUCCUUUUAUUUUGAGUUAUCUGGAAUAACUUAACUAUCAUAUUUGCUAAAUCAAAUGUACUAUACAUAUAUCAAAAUCAAUAUUAGGCUCACACAUUUAUGAGAAAGUGAAGUGUAUAAUCAUGUGAGUAAUGAAAACUAAUGAAUCACCAACACUAAAUAUUUCCUCUUAAAUAAUGAAAACUCUCAUAAACAUAUCAUAACAACCUCAAGAAAAAGUGAGAACAAAAAUAAAUUGAGUCACUAGCAAAGACAUGCAAAGUUAGUUUGUUGUGUUUUGACACAUUGUGUUCUUGUCCUUUUUUUAAUGAUUUCUCAUUAAGAUUAUUGAAUCAUAAGCAUUAAGCUCUUCCAGCAAAAUGUUGUCAUUAUAAAACUUAAAAUGAUGGAAAAUUUUUAGAGGUGUGUUUUAAGGCAAUUAAAAUUUUAUAUUAAUUAUUCUUGAACAGAAAAAAGGGGGAAAAGAUACUAGCUCAUAGCUUGAGGAGAAGUGACAAAUUUUGUUUCAGCUCAAGUUUCUCAAUGUUCAACUCUCACAAAACCUUAGUUACUUCUCACUUUCAGUAUGACUAACUAUUACAAAGUUAUCAUAAGUGGUAGCAGUCCAACACUUAAGUAAUAGUAGUCAUUCAAUACUUGAUUAAUUCUCAAGUUUCCUGUAAAUGAAUAAAAGCCACCUAGCAGUGAGGCAGAGCAUACUUAUUCUUCUACACAUCCAGGGCAUGUACAUUUGGAAAUGAAAAAUUAUUUGUUAUUCGUAAGCAUUACAGCCUUGAAACACACAAAUAAUAAUCAAUCAUAAUGAUAAAAAGCUCACAAUUCAUUUCUUUCUCCUGUUGAAAAAAUCUUUUUAAUAUUUUGUGACUACUACCCAAAAUACAAUAAAACUAUUGCUCUUGCUCUCGCAGGCACAUCAUGCUUUAAAAUGUUAGGGUGGUCAGUGUAAUUAGUGUUUUGGUGAUAUUGAUUUCCUAUUGAUUUCAUUGCAUUCCAAAAACUGUUUAAUACAAAGUAUGUCAUCAUGUAGCUUAGAAUAAGUGUCUACAGACAUGUAAGCAUGAUUCACAAGUCCUCUUUAACUAAAUUUAUUUUAUAUGUUUUUGGAACAAAACUAUCUUAAUGGGUGUAAAGUACUGAGAACGUUGGUUUACAACAUAUACAAACUUUUUAAGCUGCAUUGCUGGUUAUAUACUAAAGUAUCCAAAAAAUGACAAACUAUAUUUGUGUUCACAUUCAACUGUAUAUCUUAUGUUUGGGUGCAUAUUAUUGAAAUACUCUGAAAAUUCAUUAACAUGACUUUUUAAAUUGUUUUUUUUUAGUUAAGUGCAAAACUACACAAUGGGCUGUCUGUGCUGUGCCCACCACAGGUCUCAAAAGCUAAUUUUUAGCAGUAUAAGUGCAUGUUUACAGCUGUGCCAUUGAGGGAUGAAUUUUUAAAUAAAAUAGUAAACGAAAUGAAUUUGAUAGUAACAUCAGCCACAAAUAUGACUAUUUCUAAAAGUUUAAAGCUUGAUGCACUUCAUAAACCACUAGUAAGAGUUAUGGUAUUUGGAGCAAAAGUCACAGAAUAUUGAAAAUAAUUUAGUUUCAAUUCUGGACAUUGUUUAUUCACAGAUAGAAACUAGAAUGUAUUAAAGUAUAUUUUGAUAAUACUUUAUUUUUCUUUUCAAGGAUGUGAUACCUAAAAAUAAAAGUCAUCUACUAAUUUAUAUGUAUGUUCUACUGCUAGGUGGCUCUGUACUCGUGUCUUCAGUAAGUUAAGAAUUCAUCAAGAAUUGCUCAACAUGUAUUAACUAAGUGUAAAAUUGCUAUUGCUUGGGGAUAACAUUGCAAUAGUUAGUCAAGCUAAGGGUGAGGAGUAAUGGAGGACUUGUAAGAGUCUAAGAAUUAUGAACCUGAAGCCAAAACUGAGUUUAUGAGACUUGGUGAUAUAACUUCACCUUAACUAGUAAGACAAUUCUUUUUUUUUUUUUUUAAUUGUGUGUUUA